GGGAAUGCGCCAGGUUCAAUGAAUCAGCUUCCACCAAUCAAUUGCUCUCUCUAAGUGUUAUUAAGAGGCUAAGAGCGGCACCAUCUUCCCACUGAUUAUCAAUCACCAUUCAUCAGCACCAAAUUGGCAGCAUAAUAAAGAGAGGUGCCAAGGCAAAGUGGAACUGUGGGAAGAAGAGAAAAAGGACGACACAGGACAGGAGGGAGGGACCUGUGGAAAAGGAAUUUCAAAAGUUAAUGUCUUAUACAAGCUCAUUGGAUAAAAGACUCUGAAGACACCCUUCUUAGUUUGGUUCAAUAGCUUGGCUUAGUCCCUUUAGUCUGUAUAGCUCGUAGAUAGCUCUUAAGUUUCUGUCUAGUUGUUGCUCCCUUUUGCUUCUUUUUUCACUUGUACAGGCUUACUGUUUUCCUAACUUUUGGUGUUCUUUUUUUAUAUAAAUAAAAUUUUACAGUGGGAGCCUCCCUCGCUGUUUUCAGUUCAAAAAAAAAGCAACAGCGGCGCCAACGCUAUCCCCCUCCUCACCCCCUACCAGAUGGGGAAAUUUGAUCUUUCCCACAGAGUGGUUCUCGCACCACUGACAAGGCAGCGGUCCUAUGGCAAUGUUCCUCAGCCUCAUGCCAUACUGUAUUAUCAACAGAGGACGACUAAAGGAGGCCUUUUGAUUGCUGAGGCCACUGGAGUGUCAGACACUGCUGAAGGGUACAAAGAUACUCCUGGCAUUUGGACAAACGAGCAAGUGGAAGCAUGGAAGCCAAUCGUACAUGGGGUUCAUGAGAAAGGAGGGAUAUUUUUCUGUCAGAUUUGGCACGUAGGAAGAGUUUCUAAUUCCCGAUUUGAUGGUGUUGAAAUCCAUGGAGCUUACGGUUACUUGAUUGAUCAGUUUUUAAAGGACCAGGUCAAUGAUCGCACCGACAAAUAUGGUGGCAGCUUAGAGAACCGCUGCCGGUUUGCAUUAGAAGUAGUUCAAGCUGUAGUUGAUGAAAUUGGAGCUGACAAGGUUGGGAUAAGGCUGUCACCUUUUGCUAGUUAUUCAGAAGCACCAGACUCAAACCCAGAAGCUCUAGGCUUAUAUAUGGCAAAUGCACUGAAUAAAUUUGGAAUCCUCUAUUGCCACGUGGUGGAGCCACGGAUGGUAAAACUUGGUGAAAAAUUUGAAACACCCUACAGUCUUCGUCCAAUGAGGGAUGCUUUCAAGGGAACAUUUAUUGUUGCUGGAGGCUACAAUAGGGAGGAUGGAAAUAAUGCAAUCUCCACUAACUAUGCAGAUUUGGUUGCAUAUGGACGCAUAUUUUUGUCUAAUCCUGACUUGCCUCGAAGGUUCGAAAUAGAUGCGCCUCUUAACAAGUACAACAGAGACACAUUUUACGUCCCUGAUCCUGUUAUUGGAUAUACUGACUACCCAUUUCUUCCAACAGAUGUGUAAAUGGGCCCUUUUCAGCGAAGUUAUUUUUAGAUUGAGUAGCAAGUUGUUGUACUGGAAAUAUUACAGGAAUGAGUCGUUCGGAAUGCCUAAUUUUCAUAUGUAUGGACAAAGAAAUACGAUCACUGCAAUCAAUCUUUAUAUUUGCAAUAAAAUAGUGAGAAGCCUUCAAAUAGGUUUGCAUGCAA